CGAGUUACAGGUUUGUUUUUCACUAUUUAAUGGCUAGUGGCCUUUUUAUACCGUCUAAUGAAUUAAGUCUUCUGAUUGAUUGUCAUCUAAAAACUCUGCAUUGAGCUUUCCGAGUGGCGAGUUUAACUGAUUCCUCUUGCAGGCAGGCCACAGCAAGCCAAAUGCAAAAAUUAAAAAUCUAUUAGAAACUCAUCUUGAAACCACUCCAAUGGAUCCAGCAGUAGAAGCCAAUGGAAAGCAAGGAGAGAGUCAGAGAUAUGCGGUGGUUACCGGCGCAAACAAAGGCAUCGGGCUUGAAACUGUGCGGCAGCUUGCGUGUCAUGGCGUCAAAGUCAUUUUAACCGCUAGAGACUCAAGUAGAGGACUCAAAGCUGUAUCUUCGCUUCAUCAAAUGGGAUUAAGUUCUGUCGUUUUCCACCAGCUUGAUGUUUUGGACCCCCUCAGCGUUGUCUCUUUGGCCAACUUUAUAAGGGAAAAUUUUGGAAGGCUUGACAUCUUGGUUAAUAAUGCUGCUGCUAGUGGAGUUAUAGUGGAUGAAGAUGGCUUAAGGGCCUUAAAUAUAGAUCCAGCAUCUUGGCUCUCAGGCAAGGUGACCAACAUAAUUCAAGAUGUGAUUAAACACACAUAUGAAAAGGCUGAAGAAUGCCUGAAUACUAAUUACUAUGGUCUCAGAAGAGUAACAGAAGCACUCCUUCCACUCUUACAGCAAUCCACUUCAGGAGCAAAAAUAGUUAACGUCUCCUCCCUCAGGAGUGAGUUAAGAAGGAUUCCUAGUGAGUCCACAAGAAAUGAACUUGGGAGUGCAGAAACCCUGAGUGAAGAGAAAUUGGAUGCUGUAGUGAAAAGAUUUUUGCAUGACUUCAAGGAAAAUGCACUUGAAGCCAAUGGAUGGUCCACAAUGCUUCCUGCUUAUAGCAUCUCCAAGGCCAUUGUCAACGCAUACACAAGAGUUCUUGCAAGGAAGUACCCCGAAAUGUGUAUAAAUUGUGUUCACCCUGGCUAUGUUGAUACAGACCUGAAUUGGCAUACAGGGUCGAUGACUGUGGAAGAGGGAGCUAGAGGUCCAGUGAUGUGUGCUCUAUUGCCCAGAGGAGGCUGUACAGGCUGCUAUUUUGAUCAAACCCAAGUAGCUGAUUUCUAACCUGUUUCAUCUAUCAUAAACGUCAACGUGAUAAUGAUGUUUUAAAUAAAUAUCUACAUGACUGAUUUUUACAAGUUUGAAUUACUGUCUACGGAUGAUGUAUCACGUUCCUGGUCCCAAAAACUCUUUUAAUUUAUUGGAUGAUGUUGGACCUUUGUUUCAUUGAAGACAAAUUCAUAGAAGAGUGCAAUGGGGAACGUCUCA